AACCAGUAAAUGCCAGACCACGUUCUCCCAAGGAGAGUACAACAUCGAUGAUGCACUUUAAAAGAUUGUAGCAUAUCACAGCUUCAGUUUUGAUUGACGCUUCUAAGAUGGUGUCAACUCCUGUCUCAGAGAGCAGGUGCCUUUCUAGUUCUUGCCAAGCUAGGUAGCAUUCUCUGUGACUAUUGCCUUUUUCAUGUUUUGGGAACCUGUAGGAAAGCUUCUGCCACUUCAUAAGAACAUAAGAACAUAAGAACAGCCCUGCUGGAUCAGGCCCAAGGCCCAUCUAGUCCAGUAUCCUGUUUCACACAGUAGCCCACCAGAUGCCGCUGGAAGCCACAGACAGGAGUUGAGGGCGUGCCCUCUCUCCUGCCAUUACUCCCCUGCAACUGGUUCUCAGAGGCAUCCUGCCUUUGAGGCUGGAGGUGGCCCACAGCCCUCUGACUAGUAGCCAUUGAUAGACCUCUCCCAUUAGAAUCCCAGCCUUCAGCAGAUACCAGUGCAGAUAUGAUUCAGAGGCAGAUGACGAUCAAGUCCCUCCUGAAAGCACUCCUAAGCAUGCCUUCCCACUAUCGCUCUUUGUGUAUGAGUCAUCUAAUGGGAUGGACAGCUUUCCUCUCCAACAUGCUCUUCUUCACUGAUUUUAUGGGACAGGUUGUGUUCAACGGUGAUCCUUAUGCACCUCACAACUCGACAGCUUACCUGACCUAUGAAAAGGGAGUCGUGAUUGGAUGCUGGGGAAUGUGCAUCAAUGCAAUUUCCUCCUCACUCUAUUCCUAUUUGCAGAAAGCCCUUCUACCUUACAUAGGAUUAAAAGGACUUUAUUUCAUUGGAUACCUGCUUUUUGGACUAGGCACUGGGUUUAUUGGACUCUUUCCCAGGGUGUAUUCUACACUGGCUCUUUGCUCCCUCUUUGGAGUAAUGUCCAGCACGUUAUACACGGUACCAUUCAACCUCAUUGCUGAAUAUCACAGGGAGGAAGAGAAUCAGAAUGUGGAAGAAGUUGCAGAUCACAGCCGAGGAAAGGGAAUAGACUGUGCUGCCCUCACUUGCAUGGUUCAGCUGGCCCAGAUCAUUGUUGGGGUGGGUCUGGGCUUUCUGGUCAGUGUUGCCGGCAGUGUGGUGGUGGUCGUGAUCUCUGCCUCUGCCACUGCCUUACUGGGCUGCUGCUUUGUAGCAUUCUUUGUUCGCUAUGUGGACGAGAGCAAUAAAUAGUUGGCGCUCGGGAGAAGCUGCUGCCUUUGCCCA